UCUAGAAAUUGGUUGAGAAAUAUUUUUUUUAUUGACCAAGAUGUACGGGAUACCGAGAUCAUGUCUAUAUGACCAUUGACAGGUACCUAGCUACGACCUAUUUUACACCUUAACCCGACGUUGCUGUAGCUCCUAUGUAGAACCGACGGUGUUCGACACGUAUAGUUCAGUGUUGCAAUACGUAUUAAGAGUAAGAUAAUAACGAAACUACGCUGUCGACGAUGCAACUUCUUUCCCAUCCGCGACUUACGAAGCACUUAAACUAGUAAGACAUCACAAUUCAAUAUCACGCCGCCAAGGAUUUAUAUAAUCAGACCCGUCGAAAAUAUGCGAUCGUUCCCGUAUCUAAAAUCGCCGCACCUUGCGAACUUGGUGAUCUACACUUUGCCAUUCCGGCUAAUUUGUCUUUCGCCUUGGCUACCUUCACUCUCUCACUUUAUUCAGAGACGCCGUGAGAUGUUUUGAUGUAGCAAGCUGUUAACAUCAGAUGUCAUGACUGCUUACAAAGAAUAUCUACUCGUGAAAAUGAUGUGUUGUUCGCUUAUGCUGCUCGAUUCGAGCGAUCUUAAUACCUGCCAACCUUAUCGCUAACACCACUGCUUUUAAGACGUAGCUAUGAGGUAUUAUAUGCUGACUUUGGCCCUUUGGUUGAGGAAUAUUGUCGCCGAGCCUCAGCCAAGCGAUAUACCGGAGUGGCUUAAGAACUACAACUUCAAUCCUCCUGGAGAAUGCGAUUCUAAUCCUGCGGGUCCGUUAAACCCCCGAGAAACGGAUUCCACGUGCCCUCUCCUUGUUGACGAUGAGACCGCAUUUAAAAGACGCUCGUGGCUACCCUGGACAUUUCCUCCAGUAUGUGUGGAGCCUGAGGAUCCAGUGGCUUCUAAGUUGUGCGUGUUCACUUAUAUCAACCUUAGAGGAGAGGUAGGAAUCAGUCUUGUCACCACACCUGAGAUUGCUGCUGGAGGCGCUGGUAUUCUCGGAGACCCGGACCCAUUAUGGGAAAACUGGGCGAGAGGCCAUCCACUCGUCGUGUCCGAUCCGCCUCCCUACGAGUUCAGGUAUCUAGAGGACAAGGGCAUGGGGGUUAUUGCGAACCGUACGAUUCGUAAGGACGAGGUCGUGCUGCUGAGAUAUCCGGUUAUCCUUCGGAUAAUGGAUUAUAGGCCUUGGAAAACCCAAGACGUGAUGAGAUUGCUUCAUCGAGCUACUGUUCAACUACCCCAAAAGGAGGGAAUGCAGAUGCUGAAGUUGGCUCAUUCUAAAGGAGGCUACAUUGUUGAGGAUAUUAUCAACACAAAUGCGUUUGGUGUGCUGCUAAAUGAUGCGGACCAUUCGGGUUUAUACCUGGACGUGUCGAGAUUAAACCAUGCCUGUAAACCAAACAUGUACAAUCGGUUCUCAUCAACUACACUAGGAAUGGAAGUUGUGGCGUAUAGGGAUAUCGAGCCUGGCGAGGAACUAACGUUUAGCUAUCUACCGUUGAACCUCCUAUCAGAGCAACGCCAAACUCUCAUCAAGGAAUGGGGCUUCAACUGCACGUGCUCGCUGUGCACCUCCCCAGAAGCCUCAGCAGCUUCCGACCGCCAUCGAAGUCGCCUACAAGAACUACUAGCAGAGCUAGAUCUACCGGAGACACGGAACCAUGAGGCUGUUAGCAGGAGAGUCGACGAGAUACUGGACUUGUGCGAGAAAGAGUCGCUGGAGGCUCAGGUCGGCGACUUUUAUACUAUCGUUGCGGAGGUCUACUCUGGUAUGGGCGAUGUGGGUAUGGCGAGAAAAUAUGCUAGGCUGGCGAUUAGGGAACUAAGGCAUUAUGCUGGAUAUGAUCAUGAGCGUACUGGGAGUGCCGCUGCGUUCUUGGAGAUAUUGGAUGGAUAAGGGUUUGUAUAAAGGACGAGUGACAUAAGAGAAUGUAUUACUAGGUACCUAGGUACCUAACUAAUAAAUAUUAGAAUCUAG